CACUGUCCGUCAGUCAGCCUGCUGAGAGAGGCCGCGAAACGCAACCAAAUAAAAACGAGGCUCUGCCCAGCCUGCGCGUGCGGUGCCCGGAAAACACGUAUCCAUCCUCCUUUCCUUCCAUGACCCAAUCCCUUCCAACCUUGUGUCUCGUUCAUCAAUCCCCUCCCCGUUUGAUCCCAUUGUUGUCCGGUCGGUGCGGCAAACUCAAUUGCAUCUAUACAUACACUGUACACCCGCACGCCCGACGGUAUUGUGAGGAGGAGGAAGCUGCGAAGCUGCGUGCUCGUCGUCGGCGACCAACAACAAACACCACCAUAGUCCGACCGUCGUCGUCGUGUGCCGGACGGGCCCGAGACAUUGCGGACGCCGGGACCACCACCACCACCCUCACCACCUUUACACUGCCGCAGAGCCUCAUCCAUCAUCAUUCCAAACAAAAGUCAAAUAGGUACCCGCCCGCAAUGCCCCGCAGAACGAGCAGGUCGUCUGCGUCCCAGCAGCAGCAGCAGCAGCAGCAGCAGCCGGCGACGCCUGUCCUCGACGGCUGCGUCAUCAGCUUCUGCGGCAAGUUCACGCCCUGGGGCCACACGCAGGCGUCGUUUGAGGCCCUGGUGCGCGCGCUCGGCGGCCGCCCCAUGAAGACGGUCACGAAGAACGCCACGCACCUCGUCUGCACGCAAGACGACUACCGCUACGGCGACGACGGCAAGGUCAAGGCCGCCACCAAGGCCGGCGUCAAGAUUGUCCAGCCCGAGUGGCUGCUCGCGUGCGAGAAGCAGAACCACAGCCAGGGCGGCAACAACGGGCCCGUGUCAGACGACGACUACCUCUGGGCCAAUGCCGACUUGAGCGCCCCGGCACCGACGAAGAAGGGGUCCGCGCUGACGACAACGGCGAAUGGCACCGGCGGCGGCACCGGCGGCGGCGCCAAAAGAACCAAGGCUGAUGAUGACGACCAGGACGGUGAUGAGGACGAUGCGGAUGCGAAGCCUCAGGCCAAGAAGCAAAAGGCCCAUGGCACCAAUGGCAAGACAAAGGUCAAGGCCGAAGAUGCUGCCGUCAAGGAGGAAAAGGUCGUCGCCGAGGGCCAGUUCAUGAAGUCAAAGGGGCUGACGAUCCCCCUGGACGAGUACUGCCAGUUGGUCAGCUACCAAGUCUACGUGGAACCCGACUCGGGCAUGAUUUACGACGCCUCGCUGAAUCAGUCGAGCACGAGCAACAACCACAACAAGUUUUACCGUCUUCAGAUCCUGCGCGAUACCACCAGCGGCUCCUUCAAGACUUGGACGCGAUGGGGCCGCGUCGGCGAGGCCGGCCAAAACGCCAUCCUCGGCAAUGGCACGUUCCCGGACGCGCUCAAGAACUUUGAGAAGAAGUUCAAGGACAAGUCGGGGCUGCCGUGGGAUAGGCGCGGCGAAGACCCCAAGCCGGGCAAGUACGCCUUUGUCGAGCGCAGCUACAACGAUGACGAUGACGAGGACGACGAGGACAUGGACGACGCCGAGGUCAAAGCCGAAGAUGGCGACGAGCAGGCUUCCACGCCAGACUGCACGCUCCCCAAACCCGUCCAGGACCUCAUGGAAAUCAUCUUCAACCAAAAGUACUUCAUGGACACCAUGGCGUCGCUCAACUACGACGCCAACAAGCUGCCGCUCGGCAAGCUCAGCAAGGCUACCAUCCUGCGCGGCUUCCAGCAGCUCAAGGACCUGGCUGCCCUCAUUGACGACCCCACGCUGGCGAAGAGCAAGUGGGACAUGACGCUCGCCGCCGCGACGGAGCACCUGUCCAACACGUACUACUCGCUCAUCCCGCACGCCUUUGGGCGCCACCGGCCCCCCGUCAUUAACAGUGACCCGCAGCUCAAGAAGGAGAUAGAGCUCCUCGAGAGCCUGUCGGACAUGAAGGACGCCGCCGACCUGCUCAAGAAGGACCGCGCCGGCAGCCGGAGCGCACAGGAUGUGCACGCGCUGGACCGCCAGUUCCAGAGCCUGGGCAUGGAGGAGAUGACGCCGCUCGCGCACGACGGCGCCGAGUUCCGCCACCUGCGCAACUACCUCCACGGGUCGCAGGGCUCGACGCACAGCCACUACCGCUACCAGCUGCAGAACAUCUUCCGCAUCGAGCGCCGCGGCGAGGACCUGCGCCUCCGCGAGUCCAAGUUCGCCGACGUGCCCUCGGACCGGCGGCUGCUGUGGCACGGCUCGCGCGCCACCAACUUUGGCGGCAUCCUCAGCCAGGGCCUGCGCAUCGCGCCCCCCGAGGCGCCCGUCUCGGGCUACAUGUUCGGCAAGGGCAUCUACCUCGCCGACAUGUCGUCCAAGUCGGCCGGCUACUGCUGCUCCGGCAACUCCAACGGCCACGCCCUGCUGCUGCUGUGCGAGGCCGAGCUGGGCGACCCCCUGCAGCGGCUCACGCACUCGAGCUACAACGCCGGCGAGGACGCGGUCCGCAACGGCAUGUGGAGCACCCUCGGCCAGGGGAGCAUGGGGCCCAGCAAGUGGCAGGACGCAGGCGUGGUGCACGAGAGCCUCAAGGGUAUCCGCAUGGUGAGAGCCCCUUCUUCUUUUGCCCCUACUCAAGCUGCCCGUGAUUUCUCUUCCCGGUCCCCAUCACCAUUAUCCCCUCAACCACGUAUAAUCCGAGGUAUUAAGGGGGCGUGGGGGAGAACAGGCCCAUCCCACCUCCCCAUAGGCCAACAGUUGACUGACAUGUUCUGCGCCUCUUCAGCCGGACCCCAGCGUCAAGACGGGCGACACCAACGUCCCCAACACGACGCUCUUCUACAACGAGUACAUUUGCUACGACGUCGCCCAGGUCAAGCUACGGUACCUGUUCCACGUGAAGCUUUAGCGUGUUCAUCUCUUCUUUCUUAUUUUCCGGUCCGGGUUCCCCUUGGUCCCUUUCCCGAACCGGUUGCAUGGCGAGUUGCUUGAGCUUUUACUAUUAUUUUUCCUUCCUUUUUUGAGGCAGGUGUUUCGUUUGACACUGUAGCGGUGGCAUGGCAUGUGGAGAAAGCGAGCGAAUGAAUGGCGGGCGUAUAAAAUCCGGGGGCAUCUAUCUGCACACACGAAUAUGCGUGUA